GUUGGUUUGGUUCAAGCUUGUCCCACUAGGCUCGCCGUAGUCGCCAGCAGCACGACUCGCCUCCCACUCAGAACUCUUUGGACUGACAGCAUCAGUGAGUCCGUGUGAGUCCGGACUUUAAACUUCAGAUUUUAAACUAAUGCUCAGGCUGUGGUGAGUUCACGGUCCCUCUCCAGCAGCGUGGACAUGGCUUCGUUGCGUUCAAAGGUCCGGAUGUUGCUGCUGGUUCUUGUUGUUCUGGCUGGAGCUGAAGUGAAAGCGAAACUUUUUGGAGAUAACUCGGCCUGUGAGUCCGAUAACAGCGCGCUCAGCCUGAGAUCCAGUCAGCCCUCCUGGGCAGCCGGGCCGGAGCCUGGAGACCGCGCAGAGGCGUUCACUGUCCGGACUCUGGAUGGAGAGUUCUCCUACAAGCCGGGCACCCUGCGGGGACCUCUCAUCAUCCACGCCUUCACCAACAAGUCAGGCUUCCUGGAGUGCAUGUGGAGCUCCGAGUCGUCUCUGACCAGCCUGGUGCAGGACCUGCCCGACAGCACCCAGGUCCUGUUUCUGUCCCUGGACGACUCUGCGGUCAGUGAUGCUCUGUGGAUGCGGGACCAGGUGCACAGGGUCGCCGUGCAGCACAGUAAGACGGAGAUUCUGUCCAGGCUGCACUUCUGUCCGGUGUCGAUCUUCUAUCUGGGUAACUGGAUACCGAGUGUGUUUUACCACUGGAGCUCAGGCAGCCGCAUCUCCCAGGCUGUUUUCACCUCCGAGGGGUGGAAGCUGCCUCUGAUCGUCAAGAGACUAGAUGCCAGGUACAAAUUGCUCAAGAAGCGCUGGGAACAAAGCUCGUAUCAGCUGGUGGACGCAGGCGACGGGUGUGAUUCUUCGCCUUCAGUGACGGGCGCUGUGGCCUGGGUGUCUGAGGGCAACUGCUCCUUCUUCACUAAGAUGCAGAACAUGGCCAAACACAACGCCUCCGGUGUCCUUGUCUACGCUCUCCCCGGAAACCCGAUCCAGGAUCUGAACUGUGACGAAGAUGACUGCAACACAACGGUGAGCAUCCCUGCCUCCAUGGUGCAUCUGGAGGAUUCAGUCGUUCAGGGGCUCCAGUCUGGACAGCCGGUGUAUGUCACCUUCCAGUCAACCCCAUUCCCGCGCCUCUUCUUCAGCAUUGACCAUCAGGGUUUGCUGGCAGAGAUGGGCUUGUUUCUUUACCCCUCGUUCAGCUUCGUCAACUGGCAGGCACAGUGGUUUGAUUUCCACGCCGAUCUCCUGACCAAACUUCAAAAUGCCGCAAAGGUUGUUCCUGUUUUUGACAAAGUCCGAAUGCAGGGGGCAAAAGGAGCGGUGGCAACAGUCGACAUGCCGCCAGGCUUGUCGGACUUUAACGUGCUGGAGCUCGAUGCGUCCCUGUCCUGUCCAGAGAAGAGAGACUUGUCCUGCGCUCACUGGGAUCACACGAUGCAGCUGUUCAUCUGCUGCGAUCAUCUCGGCCCGUACUGCAACAUGGAGCUGGGCCGAUGGAUCACUGCCUACCGCAGAGGUAUUGGGCACUGGCUGACAGACGUGUCCCCUCUGCUCCCACUGCUGGACAGCAACAGAUGCACCUUGACCAUGAAAACGGUGCCGUGGGCGAUGCCGUGGAUCGUCUCCCUCAACCUGAGAUUCAGUAUCGGCAAUCAGACAGGUAACGAUGAACAGUUGCUCCACCCCUUCAGAGUGAUGUCACUGUACGGCGGAGGAACCUUCAACAGAAGAUACAACAAGAGAUACCAGCCGAUCAACUUCACCAUCCCUGCGUCGGUUAAGAAGGUGGAGCUGUACGCCGUCAUCACAGGCCACGGCAGCGACAACAACCACUGUGGAGAGUUCUGUGUCACCUCUCAUCACUUCCUGUUCAACAGUGUUUUUAACAACACCCUCAAAUUCGAAUCUGCAGGAUCAGCUUUGGGCUGCACCACGCUGGUCAAAGAGGGAGCGGUACCAAACGAAUACGGCACAUGGCUGUACGGGCGAGCAGGCUGGUGUUGUGGACUACAAGUCAACCCCUGGAGGGUCGACAUCACCAAACAGCUGAACAUGAGAAAGUCUGAACUGAACACCGUCGUCUACUUCGGCUUGUACGAAGGGCAGGAUCCUAAUCCAACCAAAGAGACCGGAUACGUGAUCAUGUCUUCUUUUCUUGUCUUUUACAAAUGAUGCCACUCUACAGUUUGAACCGAUGCGAAUGAAUUAAUAUGUCACUGAGUGUACAAUCAUGCCAAAGAUUAAAUUUUUAUUUUCCUA